AUGUUCUCUACAGUUCCCAUCAACAGCAGCAGAUAUUCUCCUGUUUUACGCAAUAGCACACGAAGCAACUCUGUAGAACCAUCUUGUGGCAAGCGUCCUUCAACCAAAUCAACCACCUCAAGCCAGUUGGAAGAGGUCUCUGUUUUGACUUCGCCUCCAACUGCUGGACCUUCAGUUCCUCUGAAACAUCCUUCUAGUGAAGCAAUAGCUACAGUUCAAUGCAACCAGGUGCUCGAUUUCAUUGUCCGGAAAAAUCGUGAAAAAUACUCCACGGUGUUUUCCCGUGUAACUCCACGUCAAUAUAAUAGUAUACUGCACGCUUCAGAGAAGCUCGCAGGAAAACCAAGAUUAGCUUACGACUUUGAAACUCUUCGACUCGAAGUCGACAUGCCUUCGUGUGUGCACGAUUCCGCCACAAAUGUCAUCCGACGUGGUCUGGAGUCCGUCGAUAAGAUGCUGCAUGAUCUUAUCGCUGCGCGACUCAUACAUAGUGAAAUACAUCCCAGCUUGACGCUGAACACUGGAAAGAAGGAGUUUGUUCCCGACUGCGUUCACGUCAUCACAGCCCGCUGUAAACCCCCCGUUGUCAAGAUCCUGUCCAUCGUCGAAGUCGCGUUUUCACAAUCAGAGGCUGCACUUCUGGAUAGGUUCCGAAACGCCAUCAAAUUCAAACACCAUCAAAUUCUAUCCAGAGCUGGGGAUGAUCUUAAUGCUCGUAAUCAACGAGACCCCUCCCUUCCUCCCCACCACUCAGCACUCGCGUUCCUUUCCUUGCGAGAUGAACCUCAGUCUUUUGACGAGCCCACUCCUGUUAUAGUCGAAGGUCACUCCUGGUGCACGAUCACUGACAUCCAAGUACAGGUAUGGGUUCGAGGGCGCAGGGGCGCAAUCAACAUAGAUACCAAAGACAGUCGCUUGACGGCCCGCGGAAGUUUAUUUCCCGUCUAUAACGAAGCGGCAAUGAAGGACGUGACGUUGAUGGUCAUGAAAGGACUCGAGCUUACAAGGGACUGUUUUGUAGAACAGUGCCGCCUUGCAGACAGAGACGCCAGUGUUUCUAAUCUCCGCUCUGCUCAGCUUCCCCUCCCCUUCAAGUGGGAAGACAUUGUGGACGGCCUUACAUACGCAACGCAGGCAACUGCUCAUGCUCGGUACCUAACCUGGUACCACAACAUACUUGAAGAACAAUCAGAAGAAUACGUAGAAGUCACUGGCAAACGCACAGCAGAUGAGGCGGAGAUUGAUACCCCUGAUGAUGGACGUCUAGUUCGCCCGCGCAUUGGAAUGAAAACCCGUGCUGCUGCUCGUUCAGCGAGCUACGGGUAG